GCAGUUCAGGAAAAUGCCCAGAAGUGUAGGGGAAGAUCGGAGGCUGCGAAUGCAAACCGAGCUUAAAACAGGACAGCUUUGUUUACUCGCCCAAAAUAGGAUCGCAGGGCUGGCUUUUAAAUCCCAACUGGAAGCAAACUUACUCGAACGAGAUAAAACGCUCAGAAAAUCAGCUUCAGACCCGCGUAAAAGCUGUUUUUGUGGAAGCUUUUGGCGAUUAACAUUUCCACUCCCGCGCCGCCAGCCGAGCUUCUUUGGGACGAUGUCACCAAUAAAUGAGCUUUGAACUGCGGGGAGGCGGAGCCGGGGCUUGGCGCCGGGGCCAUAAAUACGAGGGUCCCGUGGCAGUCAGGGCGGUUUGGAGGCAGAGAGCACCGGCAGCGCUCGGGGCGAGCCCAGCAUCCAUCCCCGAGCCCAGCAUCCAUCCCCGAGCCCAGCAUCCAUCCCCGAGCACCGCGGGGCGAGCGCCGCAUCCAUCCCCGAGCCGAGCAUCCCCGAGCAUCCCCGCGCGGCAGGAACAUCGCUGCGGCUCCGGAGCAGCCUUUCCCCCGUGCGGAACAUGCGGCGAGCGGGCAGCGGGACCCCCGGGAGCCCCGGGGGCCGAGGGGCAGCGCUGGUGCUGGCGCUGGCGCUGGCGGCGCUGCCCAACGCCGUGUCCGGCUGUAGCUGCGCGCCCGCGCACCCGCAGCAGCUGCUGUGCGAUGCUGCGCUCGUGAUCCGAGCAAAAAUAUCCAGUGAAAAGGUGGUUCCUGCCAGUGAUGAUCCCCUUGAUACCCACAAAAUGAUCCGGUAUGAAAUCAAACAAAUAAAGAUGUUUAAAGGAUUUGAAAAGCUCAAGGAUGUCCAGUAUGUCUACACCCCUUUUGAUUCAUCGCUCUGUGGAGUGAAACUAGAAGCCAACAACAAAAAACAGUAUCUUCUAACAGGCCAAAUUUUAAAUGAUGGCAAAGUGCUGAUCCACUUGUGCAACUACAUUGAGCCAUGGGAUGAUUUAUCCUUGUCUCAGAAGAAGAGCCUGAACCAGAGGUACCAGAUGGGCUGUGGCUGCAAGAUCACCACGUGCUACACGGUGCCCUGCUCCAUCACGGCGCCCAACGAGUGCCUGUGGACGGACUGGCUGGUGGAGAGGCGGCUCUACGGGCACCAGGCCCGGCACUACGCCUGCAUCCAGAGGAGCGACGGCACCUGCAGCUGGUACCGAGGCGGGCCGCCCCCCGAGAAGGAAUUCAUCGACAUCAGCGAGCCCUGAGGUGCUCCCUGCUCCCAAAAACACAGCCCUGGCAGGCUCCUUCAUCCCACCCUGCACGGAUCUCUCGCUUACAAACCAGCAGCGGCUGUCCCCAGAGGGUCUGUGGGGCUGGCGCCGUGCAGGACGAGGGACAAACCUGCUCUGCUCUGCUAUGCUUUGCACAGAGGGCUGGCAAUGUCCUCCAGGGCGUAACAAGUUCCCUUUUUUGCCAAUAUGAAUGUACAAGAGCAAAAGAAUUGCCAGAAUUUUGCCCCCUGUUUGAUAACCUGCAGAUUAAGAGCUCCCCGUGUUUUAUUCCAAAUCUUCCCGAUGAACUACGGAAUGUUUUAUAGAACUAUUUUUUUUUUUUUUUUCUGUAUGAAAGUCUUGGAUACAAAAGAAUUAUUGUACAGUGUAUAUGUAAAGUAUUAUAACAAUGUGCUAUUAAAAAAAAAAUUCACAAAUAUUUCCUCAUCUGUCGAAAUGAGUUGAACACUUCUGUGAUUAAAACAAUCUGUGCUCCA